AUGACCACCGACGCGAUGGAUUAUUCAAGAGAUGCGACCGGUGCUUCAACGCCUGUUGAUCGCCCAGGCACCCCACCUCGUCCACCGUAUUCUCCGGUGACUCCAGUCUUUGCGCAUUUGGAUAUGCUUGCCGCAUCCAACGCGACGAUUAUCCCACCUCCUUUAUCCCCGUCACCAACAUCACGCACUCCCCCGAGGACUCAGUCCAGGGAUAUACCACCACGGCCACCGGUCGCGCCACCCGUCUUCAAACCAGAACCGCCUCCGGUGCCCAUAUCGGAGAGCGAGAAUCCGGAUGCGAUUGCCCUUCGAUCUGCUCUUUCGAUUCUGCAAAUGCAGAAACAGCAGACACUGCGCGACAUUCGCAGCUUGGAUCGCUUGAAAGAGGCUGCGGCCGCAGAUCCCGAGGGAUUUGCGCGGGAGUUGGCUGAAGGGCGUUUGCGCACCGAAGACCGCGGGACGGUCAUUCAAUUCUCAGAGGAUGAUGAGAUGGAUGCGGAGGAAGACCUCGAGGACGGCGCAGAAGAUUCCAAGGAGAAGAAGGGCUCGGGGUCCAAGUUCGGUCGCAUUCCACAGCCACAGAAUAUUGUGCGCAUGCCACCCAUCAACUGGGCCAAGUAUCAGGUCGUGGGCGAAUCUCUCGACCGGAUGCAUGACGAGCAGCUCCGACGACCACCCUCCGGAGAACCGCGACAACAGCCUGCUCCGGAGUACUUGUUGGCUUCACCUUAUCGUCCACUUGUUGACCAACUGGAUUCACCCACAGGGCCGGCCCGAGCAAGCAAGAGCAAAAAGCCAUGA